UUUUUUCGUAACUGUCUCUCCACUACAACCGUCAAAAUACCUCACUUUCUCUCUCUAAAAUCUCCUCCCUCCCUCAUUUUGUCUCUCUAAUAUUUACAUCUAUAUAUAUUAUAUCUCUCUACUUUAUUCCUUUCUAUAAUUUUUCCUUGUCUCACUAUUAUAUGCAAUCGAUAAAGUUUUUGAUUUGUUCAGUACUACGUUUUCUCUGAAUUGCUCUACUCUGUUGCAAUUUUCUCAGUUUAGUUCAGUUUAGGGUUUGAGUUCUUGGGGACUUGUUCGGCAAUGGAGGUUUUUCAGUUCCGGUUGUUGUUUCUUUGACAGUUUUAGGGUUUGAAGUAGAGGACGAAGGUUGAAGAAGAAGAAGGAGAAGAAGGAGAGGAAUCGAAUGGCGGUUGAGUAUACUUGUUGCGAGACGCAGUUCUUCGUUCACAUAGUAAUCAUCACAUUGCUGGUUCUGUUUGCUGGUUUGAUGUCUGGUCUUACUCUGGGGCUCAUGUCGAUGAGUCUCGUUGAUCUUGAAGUGCUCGCCAAGUCCGGAACUCCGAAAGAUCGAAAACACGCUGAAAAGAUACUGCCAGUUGUCAAAAAACAACAUCUAUUGCUUUGCACGCUGCUUAUCUGCAAUGCUGCUGCCAUGGAGGCACUUCCCAUUUUCCUUGAUAGUCUGAUCACAGCUUGGGGUGCUAUCCUUAUUUCAGUGACAUUGAUACUUCUGUUUGGUGAGAUUAUACCACAAUCUGUCUGUUCUAGAUAUGGAUUGGCUAUUGGUUCAACUGUAGCCCCAUUCGUCCGCGUCCUUGUUUGGAUCUGCUUCCCUGUUGCAUUCCCAAUAAGCAAGCUAUUAGACUAUCUGCUGGGACAUGGACAUGUGGCUCUUUUCCGCAGAGCUGAGUUAAAAACACUUGUUGAUUUGCACGGGAAUGAGGCUGGAAAAGGUGGAGAACUCACACACGACGAGACAACAAUCAUCGCUGGAGCACUUGAGCUCACCGAGAAAACUGCUGGUGAUGCCAUGACUCCUAUAGCUGAAACUUUUGCAAUCGAUAUUAACGCCAAGCUUGACAGGGAGCUGAUGAGUUUAGUUUUGGAGAAAGGGCACAGCAGGGUGCCUGUUUACUAUGAGCAACCGACAAACAUAAUUGGACUUAUUCUGGUGAAGAAUUUGUUAACCAUCCACCCAGAAGAUGAAACACCUGUAAAGAAUGUUACUAUUCGCAGAAUUCCGAGGGUUUCUGAAUCUCUGCCAUUAUAUGACAUCUUAAAUGAGUUUCAGAAAGGUCACAGCCACAUGGCUGUUGUUGUAAGACGGUGCAACAAGAUGGAGGAGCAGCCUGCCAAGGAGAGCUCUACAGAUAAUUCAGUGAAGGAUGUGAGGUUAGAUAUUGAUGGCGAAAAGCCUUCCCGAGAAAAGAGUCUACAGAAAAUAAGAUCGUUCCAGAAAUGGAAAAGUUUCCCCAACAGUGCAAACAAUUCUUAUAGGGGCAACUCUAGGAGCAGGAAGUGGUCAAAGGAAAUGUACUCCGACAUCCUGCAGAUCGAUGGAAACCCACUUCCAAAGCUCACUGACGAAGAAGAAGCUGUUGGCAUAAUAACAAUGGAAGAUGUUAUCGAAGAGCUUUUACAGGAGGAGAUCUUUGAUGAAACAGAUCAUCAUUAUGAAGAUUCAUGACUCUGGUUUUGUUGAUGCAUAGUGUAGUACAAUUCAGAUGGCUACGAAAAAUGUUGUAUUGGCACGAGUUGUUUUUGUUGUACCGAUGUAGGAUAUACUGGAGUGGGGGAGAAAAAUCUGAACCCUACUUAUAACUAUUUAUUGGUGAUUAUGUAUUGAAGACAACAAUUUAUGGUUUGUAAAUGUAAAGAAAAAAAAUAUGUAUGAUUUUGUUA